UCCUCAGACAGUUUAUCAAGUUCACCUGAAUCCAGGAAAUUCUGACAGUAAUACUUACCAGAGUAUUCAGCAGAUGAGAAAUGCGAUGGAAAAAGAGAUAAAGAGCGAGAGAACAAGAGGAAAUGGUAGAGAGUUAGCAUUCACCCUCAUGCCGUUGUAUGCUCUUGGAGUGGGAGUGUUUGCAGCAUACAAAUUUCUUAAGAUGAAGUCACAUGAAGAAAGUCUCUCCAAAAAGGAAAAAAGUACAGAAGACAAGGCAAAGGAAACAGAGCAUCAGCUUUUAGAACUGGAACAGCAUCUAGCACAGACAGAGAAAAUGUUAAAUUCUUUAUUGACUCAGUUGGAUCCACUGUCAAACUGUGUUAAUGCUUUAGCUUGUGAGCAGAAAGAUGAAAUAAUGACACAGCUCCAAUCAAUUAGACGACUGAUGAAGGAAAGUGGAUUGGAUAAAUCAGAAAACAAGAUGAAAGAUAUCAGCCACAUUUGUAAUGAGAAACUUGAAGAUCUCAUUCAGUCGUUUGCUGAACAUCCUCAAGAGAAAGAAAUGGAUGACAGAGAAGAUGACAGUAGUGAAGAUUUACUUGAGGAUAUUGAUAAUGAUUACAGAAUAGAAGAUCAUGAAUUAUAUGGUGAAUGUGAAGUCCAUCAGUUUGAACCUGAUGUGGUAGAAGACCAAGAAAUGAUAAACAAAGAUGCCAUUGAAUCAGAAGAGAUGGGAUUGAGGAGACGUAAUAGAUGUGAAUGAAAUCUACAUAUGCAACAGUUUCAAAAGCUUAUGAAUUUUUUUUAUAAUGUUGUCUGCACUUUAAACUGUUUUGAAUGAAGUUAUGUGCACUGCUAUAUGCUUUAAAAAGAGGGUUGAAAUACUGCCUGU